UCCAGAUCGGCGCUGCUGAUCGGUCGCUGCACUCUCAAGCCCUCUCGAACCCUGCAUCGCAUUGGUUUCUUGUGAACGCCGCGCUUUUCGCUGGCCGCGGAUCAGGUAAAGUACGAGGGAGGCAGGGAAGCAGGUGCAGGACAGCAAGAUUGAUUGCGCUGUGCUUGCCUGUGUGCUGUGCUUGUCGUGCAGUGAGCUGCCUGGGAGGUAGCUCAGGCAGGUCACCCUCGCUCCAUCCACGUACAAUGGUGACGACAUCGACAUCGACAGGCCCGCGUUGCCCCGCUGCGAUGAGAUGAACGUGCACUACGCGAUGAGCUCCCUCUCAUCCUACAUCAACGACUUCUCGUCCUUCAUCCCCGGCUCCGUCAAGACCGCCGCCGGACUCCACAAACAGAUCUCACUCGACGUCUGCCACAUCACAUGGAUGCACUUCCAGUGGGCCGACUGGGCCGGCAACAAGCAGCCACCACGGCUCUACCUGGCACUCGGAUACCAGGACGGUUUCCAGAUUUGGGACGUCACCGACGCCGACGACAUGCGCGAGAUAGUCAGCCGCAAGGACCAGCCCAUCGCAUUCCUGAAGCUGCUACCGCUGCCGGAUGAGUCGCCGAGGUCCACCGGGGUGGACCACCAGGAGGCGCCACCGGGAGAGCGAGAAGGGGAGACAGACAACAGGGCGAGAGGAGGGGCCACCAGAGUGCCGCCGCUGCACCCGCAGAAUGCCCCCAUGGUGGCGUAUGUGCAUGGCGGGGCGACUUUGGUGCGGCUGCUGUCGAUGAGCCGGCAGGAGGUGGUGUCGCUGCUGAGGCUGCCACACCUCAUCAGCGGGCUCGAGGCCACAUCCAAAGUGCUCGCUGUAGCCAUGAGAGGCCAGGUACGGCACGGCACGGCACGCACUCAGAGCGACAGACAGACAGCACCAUGAAGGAAGGCACUGACUGACGGCUGACAGAGGUGAGUCUGUGUGUGUGUGUGUGUGCGUUGCCUAUCUAUCAGAUUGCCCUUUUCAAUGCGUGCACGUUCCAGAGCGAGGUGACGCUCUCCACCGCCCCGUCCCCGUCCCCUGCAUUCGCCAUCGGCCCCCGCUGGCUGGCAUACAACGCCCACCCCCCGCCCCCCUCCCUCCCCCCCGCCACACACACCCACACCCACAUCCACCCACUACCACCUCGCUCCCGGUCCAACCACCACCUGCCCGACCGUCACUUUGUGGUUGGCUCGGCGCCCGGAGCCCUCAGCGAUAGGCUGUCUGCCGGGCUGCAGUACUUGGGUCAGGUUGGCCAGCGGACGCUGGAUUCGCUGCUGAUGCCGAGCCAGGGGCACCAUCACGGGAGCGCGGCUGGUGUGGGGGGCGUGAGUGUGGGUGCCGGGAAGAGAGUGGGUGUCGGUGGGUCGCGGGAGGGGGAGGGGAGGACGGGGCAUGUGGUGGUCAGGGACAUAGACACCAUGGAGGUCCGUACGUAGCCACAUGGCAUGGACCAGCAAGACAAAACAUGUCCUGCCUGCCUGCAUGGAUGGAUGGCUCUCUCUCUCUCUCUGUGUGUGUGCUGUGUUGCAGAUUGUAGCAGCAUUUGACACGCAUCAGAGCGAGCCGUUGAGUCUGCUGACGUUCGAUCCCACGGGUCUGCUGCUCUUCAGCUGCACGCCCACGGGGCACACCAUACAGGCACACCGAGCAGUCCUCGCACACGACGACAGACACGGUGAGUGAGUCGGUGCAGAUGAGGCACACAGACACCUACGCCUACCUACGUUGGUUGGUAUGUCUGUUGUGUGGGGUGGAUGGAUGGAUGGAGUGAUGGGUGCAGGUGAGGCACGACUGGUAGACAAGGAUCGGGCAGGUCGCCCUUCGUUGACGUUCGAGCCCCUCUUCACCCUCAACCGAGGCAUCACGCCCGCACUCAUAACGGCCAUCACAUUCAGCAGGGACUCACGACUCAUCGUGGUCAGUCAGUCAACACAGCACAGCACAGCCCCCAUCCAUCCAUCCAUCCGUCCAUCCAUCCAGCGUCCAUGCGCAAUGCACGUCUCUCUUUCUCUCCCCCUCUCUCUUCUCUCGUCAGGUGUCGUCGGCGAAAGGCACGUCUCACUUUUUCGUCCUCCCGCCGUCCCUGUCCCCUCCGCUGCCCCUGCCCUCGCACACGCGGCACACACGAUCGCACCACACGGACCGCCCCACUCACUUCUCGCCACCACCGUCGCUGCCCUACCGUGAUCGGCAGAGGAGCAGUGGCGUUGGGGUUGGCAGUGACGGCAUGGUGGUUAUCAACGCCGCGGCCAGAAUCAAACUCGGAUCGACCCUCCUGCAGGUAGGCAGUCAAGAUCGUCAGUCAGCAUAUGGUCUGUCGAUGCACAAGCGUGUAUGUGUGUGUGUGUGUGUGUGUGGAUGGUGGGUGUAGGAGGGUCUGCACCCCAAGUGUGCCAUCCUGUCGCUGCCCUCGCCGUCCUCCCUCUCCCUCUACGUAGCCACCCGCGCCGGCCUGCUGCACCACUACGGCGUCACCAUCACACCAGCAGUCACCCCCCAGUCGGACAGACAGCACCACACCGAUGCGGUGCCCAUCGCCCUGCAUCCGUCGAGCACCGACAAUGACAGCCCCGAGGUGAGCGUGGCGCUGCUCAAGUGCGUCCCCAUGUGGCGGCCGCACAAGCACUUCAACGAGAAGGUGGUGCCGCUGGGGGUGCCCGAGACGGGCGGCACGGACGGGGAGGACGGGGCAAGGGACAAGAGCGAGCGGAGCGACGGAAGGUGAGAUGACGACAGCCACACACACACGCACACACACACGCCCAGCGAAUGAAUGUCUGUUCAUAUUAUUAUGCCAAUACGUCUGUGACACAGAUGGCUGAGCUACGUCGAGACGUCCACCUGUCUUCGCCCAGACCGGCCUCUGUGGAUGUCGCCCCAGCUCAAGCUCUUCCGCUACCACCACCCCCCACCCCCUCCAUCGCAGGCCUCCACACCACUGACGACGCCCCGAUCCGACACCGACAACAAGGACGACAGCAGCACCAGCCGGCAGCCGAGACCGCCAUCUAUCUUCACGUCCACCUCCAUCAACAGGAUGGUGCGCGAGGGGGAGGUGCCGCAAAGAGUGGCCGUCGUGCUCAAACGGGGCAGGGGCGAGGAGCCUCUGGUGCAUUACGAGGGGGGCAGGGGCGACGAGAACAUGCAGUCCCUGCUGGCCGGGGCGUUGCGGACGCCUCUCGCGACCCCUCCCUCACCCAGACGGCACUGCGUCCACCACCGUGGCCAGCAGGACGGCGCGGCCGCCAUGGAUGAGCUGCACAUGUCCGAGACCGACGAAGACACCGAGGGCAUGGGCGUUGACCGUGACGGCUUUCAGAUGCUGCCGAGCUCGUCCAUCCCGGUGCCAUCGCCCAACACAUCCAUCAUGACGGGCAACCCCAACUUCGUGUCGCCUCCGUGUGGCCACCACAACGGCAGCCCCAGCCCCCAUCGCGGCCUCAUCAUGGGCGCAGCGGCUGAGUUGGGCAAGCGCGUGAUGGAGGAGAGGGACCGGGAGAGAAGGCGGGCGAGCGAGGCACUGGCGGGAGACGAGGGGCUGCCUGUGAGUGAGGCCGCUCUGCCCGCGAGCCGGCCGGUGCCGGUGGUGAUCAAGGAGAAGUGUCAUAGGGAUUAGACAGAUCAGUUAGAGCAUUGUGUGUGUAUGUGUGUGUGUAGUAGGGGCGGGAGGCGAGGUGGGAGCGGGUGGCGGGCGAGAGAGCGAUUGUAGUUCUGUCUUUCUGUAUGUGUACCACACGUGUACCAUAUAUAUACAUACCAUAGCUACCUGACCAGUGAGUGUACCAUAGCAUAGAUAGAUAGAUGGAGCAGUGUCGUCUGUCUGUCUGUCUGUCUGCGGCCGAUUGAGCUCAGGGAGGGAUGUGAAUAAACAAAGACAGACACGUGUCGGUCGAUCCUGCUACGUACGGCAGCCAGGGAGACAGGCAGGCAGGCAGGCGGAUGUGAGGGUCGAGUCGAGUCGAGUCGAUUGGUCGAGUUUUGCUGUCAUCUCCGCAUACGAAAUGAAUGAAACAUUGGCCUAGUACUUUCGUCGUCCACAUGAUGGCUAUGGCUGGCUGCCUUCUGCACGAUUAGCCUUCGAACUGGUCAUGCUGACCUCUCUCGGCUGCAAUGCUGAGAAGGGUCGCCAUGGCGUGGGCGAGGGUGCAUCGAGUAGAAGGAAGGCAGUUGGUGAAGAAGGAAGAAGCCGCAGGCCGACGAUUGAUUUUUGAUUUUCGUCGACUACAAUGCAUGGACCGACCAUGCUUCGUUUCAUUUUAUCUACAUUACAUGCACUCGUUGGAAUUCACGGAGGAGACACUCACUUCUCGUUCAUCACUAUACAG